GUACCAUAAGUGUACAGGCUAUGUUAGUCAAUACUUAUAUCUGAAUUGUCAGUAUCUCCAUUAGCACAUACUUUUUUACAGUGUCAGCUUUGUAGUAGUUCUGGUGGUGAGACUUUCAUCUCACUGCAGUGAAUUUAUUCUUGACUCAUUUUGACGUUUUAUGAUCCUUAUGCUUUUGUGUUUGACUGUUUUGUGUGCUACUGGAUACCUAAAUUUCCCUCGGGAUCAAUAAAGUAUCUAUCUAUCUAUCUAUCUAUCUAUCUAUCUAUCUAUCUAGUCACACCAAACAAAUAGCAUAACCUUUGCUAUUUUGCUGUGGUGUGUAUGUGUGGCAAUCCAUGAUGUUAUCGUUCAGUUUAUGUAUAAACGUCAAAUUCUACCCUGCAAAGUUCUCUUCACUGCAUUAUUAUUAGACAUGUUCAAUACAUAUGAAUGAGAAAUACAAUAUAAUAGAAACAACAGACUCCUUGUUUAGUUAGAGAUUCUAUUGUUUUAUUGUUUUUAUUUCAUUACAUUUAUUUGCUGCUUACCGGGACCUCUCAUAUACCUCACGUUUUGGGAUGACAAUAAAUCUUCCUGAAUCUUGACGUUUAAUCGUAAUUACGAUUGGAAUUAAAUUACAUGAACGCGGCAUACAUUGAUGUCAUUUCCGGUUAACGAUUGUAGUUUUUGAGGUUUAACCGGACAAAUUCGUGUUUUUUGUCGCGUCUCGGUUCAUCAAGUGUUUCACAAAUCGCUUAAAAUCCUGCAGAUCAUCAGCUGUUGUGACAUGAAGCUGCUCGAUGUUGUCACAGACCUGAAAUCACAGGUUCAGAUUAGACACAGAGCAAUGCAUUGUGGGUCAGACCCAACAUGGCAGCCCGCAGGAUGGCCGUGGAUUACAGUUUAGCGCACUGAUUAUUUUGACCUGAUGAGUUUGUCAUCCCUGAAUUAAGCAUCGAACAUGUUUCAGAUCCUUUGCAGUAAAGCGACCAUCGCGGCUCCGGUGCGUUCACUGUCGUUGUACCCGCGCUGCCACAAACAGGCUGACUUCUGGAAGCUGUCACGGUGGUAUACAGCUCCAGGGUCUAAUGGGUGCAGCUCCUCCCAACAGCCGGGUCAUGCCGUCAGUCGUAUGUGGCGCCUCACCCAGAGAGCUGUCCGCCAGUCUGCCACCCGGACAUCCAAACCCCCGGGAGUGUCCCUGAGGUUCAUCCUGGGACCAGCGGUGCUCACGGUCUCCGCACGGCUGUUCUGCCACGUGGCGUACUGCGAGGAAGACGUGAACAACAACACCCUGGUGGAAGCUGUCGCCAGAAAACCUCCACCCGAAUUCAAAUGGCAUAUCCUGUGGGAAUUUGUCAAACCUCAGCUCUUCGCUCUCAUGGGGGCUGUUGUGCUUGCUUUUGCUGCAGCGAUCUUGAACAUUCAAAUCCCCUUGAUGCUCGGGGAUCUGGUGAAUGUUGUGGCGCGUUACCUGAGGGAACAGACUGGGAAUUAUAUGUAUGAGAUAAGAGGUCCUGCCUUGAAGCUGCUCGGCCUGUAUGGUGUCCAAGGCCUGCUGACGACCGGCUACAUCAUCCUGCUUUCUCGGGUUGGGGAGAGAGUGGCAGCGGACAUGAGAAAGACGCUUUUCGCAUCCUUACUGAGGCAAGAUGUGGCUUUCUUUGACGCUAAUAAAACUGGGCAGCUGGUGAAUCGUUUGACUGCUGACAUUCAGGAGUUCAAGUCGUCUUUUAAAUUAGUCAUUUCUCAGGGUCUACGGAGUAUUACACAGACAGUUGGAUGUUUUGUCUCUCUCUACAUCAUGUCCCCUAAACUCACAGGUUUGACUGUAGUUGUCCUUCCCUGUCUAGUGGGAGCUGGGGCUCUCAUUGGCUCGUUCCUCCGCAAACUAUCCCGAUUGGCUCAAGAACAGGUGGCAAAAGCAACAGGAGUGGCAGAUGAAGCCCUCGGUAAUGUGCGGACAGUGAAAGCUUUUGCUAUGGAAGAGCGGGAGCUCCAGUUAUAUUCUUAUGAAGUGGACAAAUCAUGUGAAAUGAAUGAAAAUCUUGGCGCUGGAAUAGCAGUUUUCCAAGGACUGUCAAACAUUGCCCUGAAUUGCAUCGUUCUGGGAACUAUUUUCGCUGGAGGGACUUUAAUUUCUAGAAAUGAAAUGACCCCUGGAGAACUCAUGUCUUUCCUGAUCGCUUCCCAGACUGUUCAAAGGUCAUUGGCCAGUAUCUCUAUCCUUUUUGGACAGAUGGUGAGAGGACUCAGCUCCGGGGCCAGAGUUUUUGAAUAUCUGGUUUUGAAGCCAACCAUCCCUGGGUCAAGUGGGGGACGCAUCUCGUACCAUAAUCUGAUGGGAAGAGUGGACUUCGUGGACAUUUCAUUCAGUUACCCAACAAGACCUGGUCAUCAGAUUUUGAAGAAGUUCAGCUUGACACUGCCUCCGAGUAAAACUGUUGCCAUUGUUGGAGAAUCUGGAGGAGGGAAGUCCACGGUGGCGUCGUUGCUGGAGCGUUUCUACGACCCGACCAGCGGUGUAGUCAAGGUGGAUGGACUUGACAUUCGAACACUGGACCUGUCGUGGCUCAGGGGGCAAGUUAUUGGAUUUAUCAAUCAGGAGCCGGUUUUGUUCGGAUCAUCUGUCAUGGAGAACAUCCGCUUUGGGAAGCCCGAGGCCACAGAUACUGAGGUCAUUAAUGCAGCCAAGCAAGCCAAUGCUCAUCGCUUCAUUACCAGUUUCCCAGACGGCUACAACACUGUGGUUGGUGAGCGAGGAGCGACGCUCUCAGGCGGCCAGAAACAGCGCAUCGCCAUCGCCCGCGCCUUGAUCAAGAACCCCUGCAUCCUGGUGCUGGAUGAGGCCACCAGUGCAUUGGAUGCAGAGUCGGAGCGGGUGGUACAGGAGGCUCUGGACAGGGCCACAAGGGGUCGCACUGUGCUCAUCAUAGCCCACCGGCUGAGCACCAUUCAAGGGGCUGACAUCAUCUGCGUCAUGAGCAACGGACGCAUUGUGGAGGCUGGGUCUCACUUAGAGCUGCUGAGCAAAGGAGGACUGUAUUCUGAUCUGAUCCGCAGGCAAAGAGCUGAGGGGCACAAAUGAACACUGCAAAACAUGUUUACUCUAGAUCGACUGAAUAAUAGAGUUUAUUUUUAAAUGCAUAGGGGAGGGUUGCAUGAACACAAUGAAUAAAAUAAAAUGUAUUCUAAUUUUACCAUUUUCAUGCCGACUUUUAGGCCAACUCAGGUUUUAUGUACUUUACAAGUGGACCAACUGGGUCAGUCUGUGAUGAUUUAACAAACCAACCUAAUGUACAGUCUCAAGUGGGAAGUUCAUAACACUGUUUUUACUGUAUCUGUAUAGAAUGAUAAAUUAUAAUGUAUAGAAAAAAUUAAACUAUUGUUCUGAU